AUGGAGAAAAACCAGAAAACAAGUAUGCUCGAUAGAUUAUGUUCUUGGUCUAUCAAAGAUAUUCUCAACGAAGAUCUCCAUAAGGACAAGUUAGAGACAAUACCAGAUAGAUUUGGAUCUGUUGUUGAAUAUUUUCAAUGUUUUGUUCCUCAUUUACUCGAGGAAACGCGAGCAGAGUUGUUCUCGGGGCUUAAUUCUUUAUCGAAAGCUCCCGUCUUUAAAAUACAUUCCGUGAAAACAAUGACAAUGAAAUCAGGUGAAAGCUCAUCGAUCAAGUUGUUCCAUGAAAUAACAUUAAUGGAUGCAGAGGAUAUUAGUGAUAAGUACAAGCCAGAAUGUGGAGAUCUAAUUGCUCUGAGUCUGACUAAGGAAUUGCCAAUACGAAUCGAUGACUUGAAUCCUUUACUUCUCGCCUAUGUAUUCCGUAUAUAUUCGCUUUGUUUCGGCGGUUUUCUCAUGAAUCUAAACACAAACACUCGAAUAUGGAACGCUUUGCACAAUGAAGAUGCCAACUUGACUCUAAUUCAGAGUGUGCUUCAACCAAAUACUUUGGCUACAGAACAAUGUGUUUGUGAAAAUAAUGUUGAUUGUUCUGAUUAUGACCGUGUUUUGGAUAUAAUCCGUUCAGCGAAACUGAACUCUUCCCAAGAAGCUGCAAUCUUGAGUUGCCUUAAGAAAAGGAAUUGUAAUCACAUGAAGAGUGUGAAACUGAUAUGGGGACCUCCUGGUACUGGCAAAACAAAGACGGUCGCUACACUUCUCGUUGCCCUACUCAAGCUAGAGUGCAAAACGGUUGUUUGUGCUCCUACAAACGCAGCUAUUGUUGAACUUGCAUCGAGACUAUUGGCCUUAUCUAAGGAAAUGGUUGCGUGUGAUCUUAGAAACAGAGCUAUUGUUGAACUUGCGUCGAGGUUCUCGUCUUUAUUCUAUGAAACUUCUACUAUAGAACGUACCACUUACGGUAUGGGGAAUAUAGUUCUAUCUGGAAACCGAAAGAGGAUGGGGAUAGACAAGAACGAAGUUCUUCUUGAUGUGUUUCUUGAUCAUCGCAUCAGUAAACUUGAAAAACUGUUUUCAUCAUCUUGUGCAUGGAAACAGAGUUUGGAGUCAAUCAUAGAUUUACUUGAGAACACAGAGGCUAAGUACGAGCAACAUGUACAUGAGUUAGAAGAAGCUGAAAGGAUCGUGAGAGAAGAAAGAGCGAAGAAAGAAGCUGAAAGGAAGAAGCAAGAAGCUGAAAAGAGGAAAGAAGAAAGUGAUAAGGAGGAGGAAGAAGAAGCUGAAUCGAAGAAAGACGAAGCUGAAAGUAAGAAGGAAGAAAUCGAAAAGGAGAAGGAAGAAGUUGUAAACAUUCCUACAUUGGGAGAGUUUGUAUGGAAGAAGUUUAAUGGCUUAAGUGAAGUAUUGAAGCUAUAUAUGGUUAAUUUGUACACACAUCUUCCCAAGUCGUUGAUUUCAUUCGAAGAUGUGAAGAAAAUGAUCGCAGCCCGUCAAGCUCUUGAGCGUGUAAAAGAUUUCUUGCAAGAUAACUCUUCCAGAGAAGAUUUCAAGAAGGAAAGUUUCAGAUUUGAUUGCUUUAGAAGAUCCAUCAGUGUUGAUUGCCUUGUGGCUCUAAAUUUGCUUCCAAAAUGUUUCUUGGUUCCUGACUUGUCGGGAUACAAAAGUAUAAGGAGAUUUUGCCUACAAGAGGCUGAUAUAAUCUUCUGUACAGCUUCUGGUGCUGCAAAACUGAAUGAGGAAAAGACAGUAUCGAUAGACCUGCUUUUGGUUGACGAGGCAGCUCAGCUUAAAGAAUGUGAAAUCGGUUGCUGCAUUGCAGCUUUGCGGUUUGCGUCACGCUGUUCUAAUAGGAGAUGA